AUGUCUGCAUUACGGAUCCUCGUCCCCGUCAAGCGGGUCAUUGACUAUGCCGUCAAGCCUCGAGUCAACAAGACGCAGUCGGCGGUCGAGACGGCGGGGGUCAAGCACUCGAUGAACCCCUUCGACGAGCUCUCGGUCGAGGAGGCGGUCCGAAUCCGCGAGAAGAAGAGAGCCGCUGGUGGGGUCGAGGACAUCUGCGCAAUCUCGGCCGGGCCGGCCAAGGCGCAGGACAUCCUGCGGACGGCCAUGGCUAUGGGUGCUGACCGCGGUAUUCACGUCGAGGUCAAAGAGGGCGACGACCUCGAGCCGUUGACGGUGGCCAAGAUGCUGCAGAAGGCGGUCGAGAAGGAGAAGAGCAAUUUGGUGAUACUCGGCAAGCAAAGCAUCGACGACGAUGCGGCCCAGACGGGCCCGAUGCUGGCCGGCCUGCUGGGCUGGCCGCAAGCCACCCAGGCGAGUAAGAUCGAGUUCGGCGAGGGCGACAGCGUUACGGUGACCAAGGAGGUCGACGGCGGCGUCGAGACGGUGCGGGCCAGGCUGCCGCUCGUCGUGACGACCGACCUUCGCCUCAACGAACCCCGCUACGCGAGCCUGCCCAACAUCAUGAAGGCGAAGAAGAAGAAACUGGACAAGGUGACGCUCGGCGACUUUGGACUUGAGAACGAGAAGCGGCUCAAGGUGGUCCGGGUGACGGAACCGCCCGCGAGGCAAGGCGGCGGCAAGGUAGAGAACGUUGACGGCUUGAUCGGCAAGCUCAAGGAGCUGGGUGCCCUGUGA